AUAGAUUCGGCUGAAUGUUGUCCCAACUACCUAUGACAAUGGUCCUACGUCUUGUUGCCAUGGUAACCAUGAACGCUACACUGUAUCGGUAUGUGGUUAGCUUUAUACAUUGAAACAUUGCUAGUGCAGAAAAGGAAGCCUAUUUCAUUGAUAACUUAGGACCAAAACCCGAACUGGGAUAAGCCGUCGAAUUUUGCUAUUAGUCUCUCAACUUUUAGCUAUAACAAUAUGACAACGAAUUAUGUUAGAAUUAAUCCCCCGGUUGUUGAGUUUACCGACGUAAAAGCAGGGAAGGUUUACAAGACCACUGUCACGGUGACCAACACUGGAAUUACCUCGAAAAGAAUGAGACUGCUUGAACCCACAUCAAAGCUGUUCAAAUUCAGGGUGACAAACACUGAAACCCCCAUUGCUGCUGGAUUGUCCCUGAGUGGCACUCUAGAGUUCAGGCCUGAGAAAGAUGAGGAUGUCUGUGACCGUCUGCUCCUUGUCCUGGAAGACAAAGCCAUGGAGAUCCCCCUCUUAGCGUUCUCCCCAGUGUGUUCUCUCACCAUGGAAUCUCUCGCUGAUUUCGGCUCUGUGAUGGCAAACAGUCAGGUGAUCAGCAAAGAGGUGGAAUUGACCAAUCAGGGAUCUGCUCCAGGAUCUUUUCAGGUGCUGUAUGAUGGAGACCAGUCCAUCAGGCUCUCUCCCAGCAGUGGCGUCCUGCAGUCUGGCGCAACCCAGUGGCUGAAGGUGGAACUCUGCACUGACAGACCCACGAGGGUCAGAGAGGAGGCCCAGGUGAAGCUGCAGAACAGUAAGGACGUGGUCCUGAAGAUCAGGGCUGAUGUUUUGGAGCAGAGCCUGGAGCUCCAGGACCUAGAGGGGGAGAGGUUGUCCUGCCUCCGCUUCGGACCCGUCUUCUUUGGGACGUCCCGGGUGGAAAAGGUGGUUCUGGUGAACAAUGGACCACAGGCCUGCGACUGGAUGGUGGUGCUGCAGGACGAUGCUCCAGGGACAGAAAUGGGCUUUGACCUCCAGAGGAGUACAGACGCAGCGCUGCUAGAGAGGAGUGUUCGUAACAGGGCCACCGCUGUGGAUCCCUCCACUGUGAUCGCCUGUGUGCCCAACGAGGGACGACUGAGACCCUACGACAGAACCACUCUGUGGGUCUGCUUCCGUCCUGUCAGCAGAAGAAGGAGCAGGGAGGAGCAGAAGACCAGUGGGGCCUCAGCAGCAGCCAGUAAACAAGACUACUCACUCUUCCUCAAGUUUCAGACAGUGGGAAGUAAAGAUGGCUUCAACCACCAGCAGCACUCCACUGUACCUCCCCACAAUGGUUACUGUGUGGAGCUGGCGGUGACUGGCUCAGCCCUCCCUGUCUCCCUGGUGCCCAGCCCCGGCCACAGCUUCAGCUUCCAGCAGUGCCUGAUGGGAGAGCGUGUGGACGUCCUGUGUGUGCUCCACAACCUCUCCCCUCAUCUCCCUGUCACCUUCAAGUUCCGAAAGAUGGCCAACUUCAUCAGUGACCCCCCUAGUGGAACCAUCUCCCCAGGGCAGAGCCAGGACGUGGUGCUGUCCUUCGCCCCCCACCAGAUGGGGACGUUCAAGGUGAAACAGGUGCUGGAGGUGCUGGGUCAGGUGGUACACCUGGAGCCCUCCUCCAUCAAGCUCCGCCUCCGCAGCUUCCACACCAUCACCCUGCACCUGUCAGCCGUUUGCCGAGCGCAGACCGCAUGCGAGACACCCAAACUCAACCCCGGAAUCACCCCGGCUGUGACCAAUGAGACAGGCCAGUAUGCCCGGGUGCCCUCCAGUGAGCUGGGCAGGUGUGUGGGAUUGGUGCGGGCAGCUGUCCUCAGCACGGCCAAGACCCGGCUCCACAGCCACGGUCAGAGCCAGAGCCACCGUAGGAACCAGAGUCUAGACGGUAGCCGGCGAGAGCUACUGGCCUUCCCCAACGACAGGGCCUGCAGCAUCCGCCCUGCCUCUCCAGACACCACCUACAGGACCAUCUUCACGGGGGUGGAGCGUUACCGCUACGAGGACCCUGACUUUUCCUUCACGGAGGAGGAGGAGCAGCAGAGACAGAGACACAGAGAUCACUACCUAGCCUUCAUCAGGAGCCUGCGAAAGACACGCUUGCAGAAAACCACUGCGAGGCUGCAUGGUGAGGUGGAGGACAACAUAGACAUUGGGCUCCGGCCUGCCGCAGGACUCCUCACCCCCCAGCUCUCUCUGAGGGACCUGGAGUCCAAUCACAGCCAGGAGGGGCAUAGCGUCGACCAGGGACAUAGCCAGCUAUUGACCACCUGUAUGCUGGCUGCCAUGGAGACCAGGUCCAGAUUCAGACAGGUGACAGAGGGCAUCAAUGCACUACCAUCCACCAACCAGGAGGUGGCAGACUGCAGUCGCACCCUGACAGUUCAGCAGCUCCACCAUGUAGUCAUAGGCCCAUCCUUAAUAGAUUUUGGUGAGGUGUGUGUGGCCUCAGUGUGUGUGAGGAACCUGGACCUGGUGAACAACCUGCAGGUGUAUGUGUGGGUGCAGCUGGAGUUAGACUGCUGUCCUGAGCUGCAGCGCUCCAGCCCCCUGUCCCACGUCCUGCCCCCCCUCUCCAGAGCCACCCUGCCCCUCGUCUUAGAGAGCACCAAGCUGGGAAAGUUCCACAAGUCAAUCUCCUACACGGUGAAUAGUCAUCACCGAAGCCAUGUCCUGGUUCAGUCCCAGCUGGUCCCUGUGGUCCUCCAGCUGUCCCAGAGCCAAGUGGUCCUGUCCCCUUCCCCCAGCUACCUGGCCCAGUCGGGCUACAGGGGUACUGUGACCCUGGUCAACCCCAGGAACCACCCGGCUGACUUCACCUGGAGGCCCAUCAUCACAGAGACGGGCCUGGCCUUCUCCAUACGCCCAGCCACAGGUACUGUGGAGGCGUACAGGGAGUUAGACUGUGAGGUGAUGUGGCAUCCCUCUUUCUCCUCUCCUCUGGAGGGACAGUUUGACCUGUGUGUUCACCAGGGAAACACCGCACAGCUACGAUGUCUGGCCAAGCUUGGUUCAUCCAGUGUGCAGCUGGCUGAGAAACAUCUGGUGUUUGGAUCAGUACCUCUCAUCUUCCCCUCCGUCAGGACCGCAACGCUACACAACACAGGACACAACCAUGCCUACUUCCAGGUGUUGGACGUGUACCCCCUGCCUGGCAUGGUGGUGACCCCCACCGACGGUGUGGUACCUGUGGGGGGGCAGGCAGAAGUCCAGGUGCACCUCAACCCCGGCGCUGUCAUGAAGUUUGACACCAGAGUGGAGAUAGCUCUAAGGAACAUGAAAUCUCUGGAGCUGAGAGUGGGCGGGUCGGUCGAGCCCCCCCUGGUGGACAUCAAUGUGAAAUCCUUCCUGUUCCACGGGGUGUAUUCUGGUUCCAGUCGUGGCGUUCCGUUCUCCCUGAGGAACCGAUCCUCUGCCCUGGCCCGGGUCCAGUUUGACCUGUCAGAACACACUGACUUCACCAUCCACCUCCCUCCACACUCUGCAGGUACGAGCCAGGAGCCAGACGUGUUUGUGAUGGAUUUACAGGGGCAGCAGACUGCCCAGUGUUGCCUGGUGUUCUCCCCUAAACAAGUGGCAGCGUAUGACUUCAACCUGCCUGUGACGGUCAACGGUGUGGGCAUGCCUCCCUUCUCCUCUUCCUCCGCCUCCGUCCCUCCCAACUCUGUCCCCAAGUCCUCCUCUUCCCGGGACCAACACAUCGUCACCCCGCGCCCGCUGCCCAUCGCCAUGGAGACGCUAUCACGCAGGGUGCAGGCCACAGCCCUGUGUGUCCCGCUGGAGAUGUCCCCAUCAAGUCUCCAGUUUGAUCUGGAGCCCUUUAGCUCAGUCACUACUACCUCACAAACUCAGACCGUAGAGCUGAGUAACGUGUCUGACAAGAGGCUGAGCUGGAGGAUUGACUGCAGCGCUGCAGUAACACCAGGAGGGGGCAGUAGCACCAGCAGCAAUGAGGGGCUGUUCACUGUCUGUCCUACCGCUGGGACACUGGAGCCAUUGCAGUGUGUGUCUGUCGCUGUCUCCCUCUCUCCUGAGAGAGUCACAUCAGUGACAGCGGGUCAGAUCGAGGUGUCCCUCCCUCUGUUUCUGUCUGAGGAGGGGGGAGCCCCUCACCCCUACAGGGUGCUGUCUCUCAGUGCCACCCCUCACCCCCCCAGCAUCACCUUCCUCCCCCCUCGAGUCCUCCUCACCCCUGUCCCUCUGGACACACCCUCCACCACCACCCUCUUCCUGCUCCCCACCGGGUACCCCAGUGGUUCCUGUCUGCGUGUGGAGGUGGAGGAGAUGGUUCUGAAGGAUGGCAGUCGGGUGAAGCCCCUCUCAGUCAGCCUGCCCCACAACGGCACCGUCCCUCCCCAGACCCACACAGAGCCCCAGACCCACACAGAGCCCCAGACCCACACAGAGCCCCAGACCCCCAUCAGCUGCACAGUGACCUUCUGCUCCCCUCAGCCCCUGGACCUCAGCUCACACAUUACAUUCCUGGACCACCUCAACAACAGGUUCAGGGUGGAGGUCUGUGCUACAGCAGAUAACAGUUUGUUGACAGUGUGGCCCUACCUGGCUCUGCACCGCUCUGAGCAGCAGAUAGUCCUCAAGAGUGGUUGUCUGAGCGGUUGCAGCGGCGAAUCAGGGCCCUCUCAGAUGACAGGGAAGGCGGUGCUACAGCCAUGCUACUCCCCCAGCCCUCUGUCUCGCUACACUUCCUCCUCCUCCACCUUCGCUUUCCUCUCCUCCACCAGUAAUCACUCCACCUCUGACUCUGGAGACAGCAGGAGUAGGACUGGGAGUGCAGGACCAGGACCUAGAGGGAAGGAGGACUGGCCCCAGAAGGAGACUGAGGGUGUGACUGACCAGCAACAGGGUAUACCAGUGUUUCCAGGGCAGGACUCAGAGGAGGGGUUGUACUACCACAGCAUCCUGCAGGCCGUACAGAAGUGGUUCAGUCAGUUUGGCUGGCCCCGUGGACCAAACCCAAUCUCUCUACCACGCUCUCUCAGAAGGGUGGUAUGUAGAGUCCAGACAGUAGACUCCAGCUCUAGUGAGUGGAGGAACUCGUACCUUAUGAGUCAAGGUAAAGACACACGGACCAUCUACGACAUGCUGCGUCACCUGAGCGGACAGACACUUCCUGGUGUGAGCACCAACCAAUCGCUGCCCUGCAACCUCACUGAGCGCGUGCAGCAGCUGCUCCACUGGAACACAGUGCUGCUGGCCUUCCUCAGGAGGCAGGGAGCCUGUCUGUCCCACAUCAGACCCGAGUACCUGUUAGACUCCCAGGAGUUCAGCCACUGGAGCUCUCUACAGGCCCAGUCCCAGUGUGAUCAGAGGGGGCUGGACUACAGCAGCAAGGUCUUUGAAUCCCUCAGUAAAAGGGCCUGGAUGGAUGUUCUACUGCAGACCUACAAGGUGCUAGUCCUGCCGCGGGUGACAGAGGGUCCCUUGUCCCUGGGCCUCCAGAGCUGUGACAGUGGCAGCAUGGAGGAGCAGGUCCCCAGGAUAGACCCAAAGCCCCUGACCUCUAACGUCUACUCCACCUGGGAGAGGAGGCUACUCACCUGGCUCAACCUGCACUACCACAGCAUGAGGACUACCGUCUGGAGCCCACUCACCUCUACAGGAGACGUCCCAUCAGCCCGCUGGGUGGUGAACUUUGACCUGGACCUGGCAGACGGCCUGGUUCUGGCUGCUGUGCUGGCUGCCUACUGUCCCUUUCUGAUCCCCAGUCAUCUCCAGAGGAUGUACACCAGCAUCAGCCGCCUGGAACAGAACCUCCACAACAGUAUCAUCCUCAGCCAGGCCUUCACACUGCUCUGUCUGGACAUAGACAUCCAGCCCACAGAGCUGUCAGACUCGAACCCUGUUCUGAUGUUGAUGCUGUGUGUUUACCUGUAUGAGACGCUGCCCCAGUACCUUCCCAGGAGAACCAUCACCCUGUCUGGCAGCCUGCACCACACCUUCACCAAGCAGGCAGGGAAGGAGGCCCAUCAUUUCUCCUUGCCCCAAGGAGCUUCCAUCACCAUCCCUCCUAAGUAA